AUGUUGCUGCUUUUACCACUGGAAAUCAUUGAAAAGAUCGGUUCACAAUUACCACAAAAUGAUUUACUUUCCUUAAUGACAACCAAUCAUUACUUUCGCAACCUUUUGCAUCCGCGAUUAUACUCAGUGAUUAUAUUUGACUCAUCACCACAUUUAUUUGAUUUUGAUACCAAGUCAUUGAAUGCAUUCAAACAACAUCGCAAUGAUUACAAGAUAGAUGGGAGAUUUGUGAAAGGUGUGAGGAUAAGAUCAGUGUUUGCACUUAAAACAUUUAUAAAGAGUGUCGUCAAGUAUUCCCAUCAUGUAAAGGGGUUGUUGGUUAUGAAUUUACCUGAUAUAUCAGACUUGGAAGUGUUUGAAUACUUUAGAGCUAUUUUACCAUUAAUGAUCCAGUUGCAAAUCUUUUCAUGGAACCAUAGCGUGUCAUUUCCAUUGAGUUACUUGAAAUACAAUACACUGAUUCGUAUGAUGAGUGGGAUGAUCGAAACUGACUGUUGUGCUGAGUUUCCAUACAUGAAGGAGGGAGUAUACACCAAAAUAAACAACGUCCAAAAUCUUGAAACAAUAACUUUCAGAAACAUAGAUUUAACUGAUUUGGUAUACGAUUUUAGUAAAGUCAAGACCUUGGCAUUGGAUAAUUGUAAAUACAAAAGAGACUAUUUACUCGCUCAAGACUUUGCAAUGUUGGAAGAAUUGUCAAUCAUAGUUGAAGACGACCCGUCCAUAGUCAAACUUUUGACAAAGUUGAACCUCAGGACAUUGUCGUUGAAGACAGAGUCGUCCGUAGCUGGAUUGCUUCGCAGAUUGAACUCCAGAAUCAUGCGUUUGGAAUUGCACUCCCAAUUAGAUAUAAAUACAUUGAAACAAUUGACAAGAUUCACCAAUUUGAAAUAUUUGCAACUAUCCAUUUUGGAGAAAGAUAUUCUUGAAGUGUUGCCAUUUAUACCACAACAUAUUCAGUUCCUCAAAUUAGAUGUAAUGGAGACAACCGAGCGUAACAAUUGUUUGAUUGCCGAUGAGUACUGGGCAUGUACCGUGGAUCAAAACCUUUUAAAAUUUCAAGACUUUGUUUUAGAGUACCACCGUCGUUUGAAUAACUUAGAGUGGGUAAUGUUUAAUGGAAACAACAAAAAGUAUGCGUUUGAGUGUGCUGAACUGGUCAUAUAUAGAGAAAGAUUUAGCUAUUACUUUGAUGAAAUUGUAAAUACAUUAUUAUGA